GAGGGCGAUGGAGUUGAGGAAGGCGAAGGCGAAGCGGGCGGGGGUGGGGUGGGGGAGGGGGAGGGGGAGGCGAAGAAGGAAGGGGAGGAGAUCAAGGUCGCUAAUGGAGAUAUCGGUGGAGGAGGCGGUGGGGAUGGUGAGGGGGCGGCGGCGGCGGCCAAGGAGGUGGUGCAACUCGACGACGACGACGAGGAGGAGGAUGGGGAAGAUGGGGAAGAUGGGGACGAGGACGAUGAUGAGGACGACGACGAUGGCGAUGAGGAGGGGGAGGAGGAAGAGGAGGAGGGGGAGGAGGACGAUGAUGACGAUGUUCAGGAAAUACCGCCUCCGGGGAGUCACCCGAGGAUUCAAGCUGGGGAGGAGGAGGAGGACGACGACGAGGAGGACGAAGAAGGGGAGGAGGAGGGAGGAGGAGGGGGCGAUGGGAGCGACGACGACGACGACGACGAGGACGACGACGACGACGACGAUGACGAAGAGCACGGCGAGGAGGAGAAUCUGGGUACUGAAUAUCUCGUCCGACCGGUCGGCCGUGCGGAGGACGAGGAGGAUGCUAGCGACUUCGAGCCCGAAGAAAAUGGCGAGGACGAGGAGGUAGAGGACGAAGAUGAUGACGGCCAGGACGAGGGUGGAAGCGGCCGAGCGGAUCAGACCUCAUCGAAGAGGAAGAGGUCAGGAAAGGAUGAUGAUGACGACGACGAUGACGACGACGACGAUGGUGAUGAUGACGACGACCGGCCGUCGAAGCGAUAGUGUACCUUUUCCUUAAAAAAAACCAUGGCAGCAGUUUCUGGUGCAAUGUAAUUUGAUUUAAAAGGAGUAAUGCCUCUUGUAGUUUUACUAGUCCUUUUUGUCCCAAUAGGGGACUGUAGAUGGCCCUUUUUUUUUGAAUUUUUCUUUUCUUGUAGACUUCUACUGAAAUAGUUUGCUUCAUCUUUUUUUUUUUUUUUUAUUUUUGUGGUUUUUAGUAGAACUUCUGAAUCCUGCUGUUGAUGCUAUGUUUCUGAUACCUGUGCUGCAAGUUUCAAUAUUUAUGUAAAUUUUAGUUGCUUGUUAUUUUUGA